GAUAAAGUGACAAGGUGCUCAGUCUGAAACUGCGUGCCGGGACCGGGCGGACUGCUGUUGCGUAACAGACGUGCAGGCAGUCGUGUUUAUCCCCUUGUGAGAAAAAAUGAGAGGGAGGGAGCGAUGUGGAGAGAGAUGGAACAGUUGGAGGGGGCGUACAUCUCCUUACUAGCUCAUGGUUAGAGAGCUGGCAGUGGUACAAGGCGACUGAACGUAAGCUCUUUGUGUAUCGAUUCAUAGAGGACCGUUUUCACGGGCAGUUCCACCCAGCGGCUAAUAAGCGGUGAACGUGGACUAACGUUACACUUUUCCUUUGGCUAACUCGGUAUAGUCUAGUCCUCAUAUCCUGCCGCAGAGGACGCCAUCGGUGAGGAGCCGCACAGACCUGCAGAAGCACAGUGGAAAGAUGGUGUGACACACUGACAGACAACCAGAGGGACCAGUCACUGCUCACCACUCGGAGGCAGACCAUGGCUCCCGUGUCUCUCCUUUUCUUGGGCUUCCUCCUUUCCCUCCUCUAUCCUUCAGAUGCCCAGACCAUCAUUGGCUCCUCCUCCUCCUUCUCUCCUCUGGACCUGCCUAUUAAUUCUUCACCUAAACCAACCAAGCAGACUGCUAGAUUCUGGCCUUCUUUGCCUCCCAGAGGACGUAGUGAUGUGCCUAUCAGAGCUACAAUCCAGGAUAGACUGACAACUACGAAUGCAGUGCAACAGGGGCAAAGAAUUUCCCAUCCUACUGAACAGUCCACUUCUUUUAUAUCUGCUUUUUCUACGCAGAACCUCAGCAACGGGCCAAUUUUAACUCAACCUACUGCCUCCAGGCCCAGGACUGAUACAGCUAGUUUAGCAUUCAGCAGGGCUUUUGCAAAGGGAGAUGCUACUACAAAAGGCUCAACUCCACCUCUGCCCACUUUGCCCUCCAUUGCUGUCGCUGAGUCUGCAGGUGAUAAGCCAGUGACAGCAGUAAAUCCAGAGGAGGAGUCAGCCAAAGAGGCAGAGGAUGAUGAUUUGCAGGGGUUGGGAUCAGGUAGUAUUCCAACAGUGAUGCUUGUGAAGGAGGAAUCACCUGUUCCUCCGCCGACGGUUGGUAAUGAAAUGGCACAGUAUCAGCCACAGGCACAGACCGCGAUAUCUAAAGUUUCUGAUGUAAAAACACCACCACUGGACAGUCAGACUGUGAAGCCUCACCUGUUUGCGCUUACAACAGCCAGUAAAAUCUUUUUGAUGCCACAGACAACCACAGAGACAAGAGCAACACUUUCCCCUGUGGUCACACAAGCAACACCUCGGACUGUAGUGUUAACAGGUGAACUGACAGUGAACACUCUUUCCACCGUCCACCGAGUUACUCCAAAGCAGGACUCUGCUGCUGUGACAUUACCCCAACCCAUGACUACCCCCGCUGGCUCUAUCGAUAAAGAGUCACAGACUGCAGGACAAUCAGUUACUGACCAAAGCAGUUCCCUUUCAAACACCACGACACAGCAAGUGACAACCACAUCUACAACUAGUAUUCUUACGACUAAGGAGGAAACUUUGAAAAUAUCCUCCAAAACAACAAAUCAACCCAACAAAACAGCACAACUAGGAAGAAAUACAGCUAGCACAACUUCACAGUCAUCAAGGACAGGGACCUCUUCCUUCCUCACCACUGGUGUUGUACCUGUCACCCGAACAAGGUUAAGCCCCACAUAUAAGGCUGGUAUUGGUCAGAGGAACCGCUCCAUUCUCCUAGGACAUCCUCACCAAGCUCCCCACUCUACUUCUAAUCCAGCCCCCUCUUCCAGCGCCAGUCCCUCCCCUAAUGGCACACUUCUCUACUGGGGUGACCUGAGCCGGACGCUAGCUUUUGCCUGGGAGCUGCAUGUCUACGGCUCAGCGAGCCUCUUCCUCCUCUUGUUUGCUGGAGCUGCUCUCGGCCUUGCGCUGUCCCCUGGCACAAACUGUCCUCAUCGGGGUGCUCUUGUACUCGCCAAUGUUCUAUUGUUUCUGGCUGGAGGCCUUAGGGCAGCUCUCUUUCUAAUUGACCCCUAUGGCACACGGAAAUUCCUCCCUCGCCCUGCAGUUACGGCUCUCUACAACUUGCCUCUACACCUGCUGGUGUGGACACAGGCUUCCCUGGCACUGCUGGCAUUGAGGGUGGCAGGAGUAAGUGUGUUACCUCCAACUUUGGAGCGUCCUCCUCUGGUGGCUGUGUUGGCUGUGUUGCAGUGUACCCUGCUGCUGGCAGCUGAUCUGCUUUCCCCAGCCCUGUCCCCUGUGGUGCCUGUCACCCUACAGGUCCUGUCCCUGUGCUGGGGCCUAGCUCUCUGUCUGGGCUUCCUGUGCUAUGUCUUUCCACGUAUACGCUGCCCUCCCAUUCCCCACCCUGGAGUCCCUGAAGAGGCUGGGAGGAAGGCUUGGACAGGGAGCAGGAGGAUAGGGGUGAUCCUGGGGAGAGUGCUGGCAGUAUGUGCAGUUCUGGGGGCAUUGUGCUGUGGGCUCCAUGUUCAUGCCACCUUAUGGCUCUAUGGACUGCUAGGGAGCUGGACGAGCUUCAACUGGGGAUGGUGGCUGGUGCACUUCUGGGCCCGGCUCCUGGAGCUGUCCUGGGGGUUCUCCCUCCUACUCCUGGGUUCCUGGGUAUUCUGGAGGCCUCAGGGUUGCCGGGGAAGGGAGGAGGGUGGCUCACAUGGCAGAGCAGCAGGAGACCUGCCGUCCCCUGGCCAAUCUGUAGGCUCCACUCAAAGACAUACUUGCUGGUCCAAGAUAGUCCAGAGCCUGAGGGGGAAGCCCUGUAGAAAGUCUGACAGUAAUGGGGUGGGAGGAGGAGGAGGACCAGGGGAGGUGCCUAACAACUGGGCUGGCCAGGAGCGUCCUGGAGCUGACAUCAGCAAGAGUCUGAUUAGGAACCAGAACCAUGAGCAGGCUGCUGCUCAGCCACGCUGCGUCAAAGACAGCAACCGGGGACGCAACAAUAGGGGCCACUCUGCAGAACGAGGCAUAUCUGAUGGCUCCACAGGCUCCCUGCUGAGACUGCAGGCGCUGGGCCGGCCUCCACAGCGCUCAGUGAGUGGCAGUCUGGAUCAGGAUAGGGACACAUCCCUGUCACUUUAUGAGUUUGAUCUGCGGCCCCCAUCUCCCAUUGACCUGACCCGCAGCAUUGAUGAGGCUCUGCACAGGGAGCACUUGAUCGUAGGAGGGAGCUUGUUUCAUCCUUUGAACCCAGCCUCACAGUCCCCCUCCCCGGGCUCAGGGGUCAGCCAGGGGCCCUGGCUCCGCAGGAACAGUGAUCCUCAGCUGCUUUCUGAGAGCAGCGAUGCCCCAUCAGAGUCUUCCAUGCCUUUGGGGGGCAGUGUUCUCAGCAGUGUGCCUAGCAGGCAGGUGACUGCUCCCCCCACGCCCUCCCACCAGGGUCACCGGUGGGCUGGGAACUCGGCAGGAAGUGUCCCUUCAUCAGUGUCCUGUCCUGUGUCACUUCGUCCCUCCAGAACAUCAACAGGGCAUCUGGGGGAGGAUGGAGUGGAUGACACACGGCCAUUCAUCACCCCGGACUCAGAAAGGGUGCGGGGGAGGGCUGGGAGGCCGGUGGGGUCACGGAGUUACCUGGAGGUCAGCCGACAUGACGACUCUGCCAGUGUCAGCAGUGAAAUUAUUGAUCUAUGAACUAAAACUUGGACAUGAGGACCAAUGGCCACACACAUCAAACACACCCAUUUAACAAAUACUGUUCCGAACCAAGACUUCAACAAAUAUUGUGAAAAUUUGAUCAUUAAACUGCCUAAAAAUGAACUAAUUUUUAGAAGAAGGAAAAUAUUUAAAAGUGUAUCUGGGUGAUGACCUUAAAGGAUAUCACCUAGUUGCCUUUUACCUUGUUAAAGGGUUUAAUAACUGUGUUUGUGGAACAGAUAUGGUAUACUUUUUUACUCUGGGAGUAAAACUGGGAGAAACAGCACAGAUAAACAACACAGCACACUCAUAACUCUUUCCAUUUCUUUCUCACACAUACAUUAUCUCCCUCUCUUUCUUGUCGUGUUUUUCUGUCAAACACGCACCUGCAUAACACUGGUAUAACUUCAAGUACACUGGGACCAUAUAUACAUUUCAACAAGUCUUGAGAAUGGCUCUUUAGCAGGUCCCUACUUGCGACUGGUGUUAAAUUUGUAAUUGUGAUGAAUUUCAAAUUCCCACAAUGUUUGAAAUCCAUAAAAUAGAUUUAGAUCAUCAACUCCCUGUCUGGGAACAGAGUUCCAAUAAGUUUGAAAGGUAAAAGACAAAUGUGUCUCUAAGCGUCUGUAGAUCCCAUUUCUAUUGUUUCUGUGAAAAAAAUGUCUGGAUAUCAACAAUCGUGAAUUUUACUGCUUUCAUGGAGUUUAUUUGCUGUCUUCCAUAUUUCAGUUUGCUUUGUGAUGUAAAGAUGUGCCAUACAUAACCUUGGUUGGUUCUGUGCUAUUUUUAUGGUUUUAUAAACCCAUUAUUCGGGUUAACUCUCUAUAGCGUCUUACCAGUAUCAUAGUGACUCAGCUACGGAUUACUACUUCUAAGCUCUUAACAUGCUGCUGUUGUUGUUGUCCAGUCUGCCCUGUAUGUUAGUGUGAAGCUGGUUACAUGAGGAGAAGGGCAGUAAACAACAGCCUGAGACAUGCAGACGCAUUCUUACAUAUGAAAGUGUUGCUGAGGCUUUUAGCUGUAGCUGAAGUUGUCAGACUUCAAAAUGAGAUUCAAGCUUUCACCUGUGAGGUUAAUGCAUUUCAUAUUGUUAUUUUGCUUUAGGGCAGAGCUUUUGCAAUUAAUAAUUAUGUACGAUUAAAGCCUCUGACUGCAUUUUUACACAAUUUGACUAAGAAUAUUAAACAUAAUCAUGAUCCUAUCAGUUGCAUUCAAUCAAUUUAGACUGUUUGAUAUGGUGACUAAUUAAAUGCUACACAGCUUUGCAGGGCAGCACCCCAGACUGGCUUGGCAUGAACCUCAGAUCUCCUAUACUAGACCUAACUCAAUAACAGAGCACUUAACUGUAAACCUGAGCACUAGACUGAAGUAUUUUACUACUCAAGAGGAAAAUAUCUUUCAAAUAUAUGAUGUAUAAGCAACAAUGUAAAUAAUGUUAUUUUUGAUGUUCAUGAAUAAAGAUGUAUUUGAAACAUAGUUGUAGUUGUUACUGUGAAAGACAAUCUAAAGUGGUAUUGCUUAUGUGUCUGAGCUGUGCAGACAGUUAUGCUAUUUUGACAUCAGAUUGUGGCCUGUUAAGGACAUGCAGAGCUGUGACAGUUGAUACUUAACCGCAGAGGUUAUGUCAAGGACCUUCUGGGCUGUGCUCAGGAUUGUUAUAAUGCAGAUUUUGCAAAAUGAGUAACUGAUGGCCACGGUCUGCAGGAUUUUCAUUUCUUUUUAAUCUUUUCUGUCAUUAAAUGAUGACGAAGGUAUUGGAAAGAAACAGACAAAACACUUCACAUGGAACCAUUUUUAGUCUAUUCAUUAACUUGAAUAUGUUUGGUGAAAAUAACCCAGUGGUUCCCUCCUCAGUCUCACAUUUGAAAAGUUUUGUUCCAACAUGAGAUUUUUUUAAUUUUUUUUUUUAAACUGAGCCUUGUUCUCACAAAAUGAUUACUGGAAUGUUAUCUUGGGUUGCUUUUGUGAAUGAAAAAGUGACAUUUUUCCAAAGUGGAUAAACAUCAUUUUGGAAUAAAAUGUAAUUUAUGCCUCUGUUACUGAUGAGAGCCAGUCCAUGACUUGUUUUCCAGUUACCUCAGGGUGACUUGCAGUACCUCCCAGUGAUGUGAGAUGCUUAACUUGUUUAGUAUUUAAAAGUACAAUGGCCUUGUGUUGUCUACAUUCCAAUGAACCCGUAAGAUUUCAGUGUAUCAGUACUCGCUGUUACCUCUUUUACUUCAUGACCAGGGUGGCACCUCCAGCACCCGUAGUGUUGUCCCCUCCACAAAGCAGUACGUGCCAUAGAAAAUACAAUCAAUGUGCCCCCUCCAGUCUGUAGUCACAGUGCAGAAGUACAGUGUUGUUGUUUAUUUUGCUCAUUAAACUUUUGUUCUUGUAUUUCUUGCUGCAUUUCAUGUCUGGAUUCAAAUAAAAACAAGAAAACUUGAAA